GAAUGAAACGGACUGAAGCAACAGCUGCAGUGACUGCAGUAGAAAUACGCUCAGUGAGAUCCCCAUUAGCGCUCACUGUGAGCUCCGCUCCUAAUUGCAGUUUCCACAGUUGAAGUUCCAGUUGGGGAUGCACAUAAAGAAGAAAGACACAGUCUAGGAGUAGCCCGGAUCAUUAUUUGUGCCUCCACCCAGUCAGGCUCCGGUGUUCAUUAUGUUCCACCAUCUGACGGAUCAAACUGUUAAUGGCAGCUGCCAGGGACCCACUUCGGUGUGCAAUAAGAGCGCGGAUGGAGACGCGCUCCAGCUGCCUACUUUCUCCACCGCGGCCAAAGUCAGGGUCAUCAUCACCUUUACUCUGUGCGCAGUGUCAGCUGUGUGCAAUUUGGUUGUGCUGUGGGCUGCCAGCAACGGCGGCAAGCGCAAGUCACACGUCAGGAUCCUCAUCAUGAACCUGACGGUGGCGGACCUGCUGGUGACUUUUAUCGUGAUGCCUGUGGACGCGGUGUGGAACAUCACGGUGCAGUGGCAGGCGGGAGACGUCGCCUGCAGGCUGCUGAUGUUCUUGAAACUGGUGGCGAUGUACUCCUGCGCCUUUGUAACUGUGGUCAUUAGUUUGGAUAGGCAGUCUGCCAUCCUCAAUCCUCUAGGCAUCAGUGAGGCCAAAAGGAAAAGCAAAAUCAUGUUGACUGUGGCCUGGACGAUGAGUGUAAUCCUCUCGCUCCCCCAGAUGUUUAUAUUUCACAAUGUGACCAUCACAGUGCCAGAGAACUUCACCCAGUGCACCACCCAUGGCAGUUUUGUCCAGCACUGGCAGGAGACCCUCUACAACAUGUUCACCUUUGUGUGCCUCUUCCUCCUCCCUUUGGUCAUCAUGAUCUUCUGUUACACACGAAUCCUUAUUGAAAUAUCCAGCCGCAUGGCACGAAAUAACAUGCUGUCAAAAGAUGUUCACCUCCGCCGCUCCCACAACAACAUCCCUAAAGCUCGGAUGAGGACUCUUAAGAUGAGCAUCGUUAUCGUGACCUCAUUCAUCAUCUGCUGGACCCCGUACUACCUACUAGGCCUGUGGUAUUGGUUGUUUCCGGAAAAAAUGGAGGAGACUGUCUCUCAUUCACUGACUCAUAUGCUGUUUAUCUUUGGCCUCUUCAAUGCCUGUCUAGACCCCAUCACUUAUGGUCUGUUUACCAUUCAUCUUCACCAGGGUCUCAAGAGAUGCUGCCGAGGCGCAAACACGCGGACUGAAUUAGAAAGUAACACUUGCCUUGUACACAUGACUCGUCUGUCGUCUCACAGGCGGAUUGCCUCAGGUGGCCACAGUACAGACAUAGAGAAGGGAAAUGACAGCAACAGCACGAAAAGUGGCUCAAGGCCAAUCUUACCAGUGAGCAAGAUGUAAUGGCUUAAAGAAUUUCAAUAAAAGGAAUAUUUUCUCU